GAAGCUUUCGAAGCUGAAACGUGCAUAGCAGCGCUUGGUGGCGUGCUCUUCGUGCUUCUCUUCACUCUAGUGGUUCGCCAGCUAUUGAAGCAGAGGCGGCCAAAAGGAUUUCCCCCGGGGCCUGUGGGGCUGCCAUUUAUCGGCAAUAUCUACUCCUUGGCCGCCGAACUCCCCCAUGUCUACAUGAGAAAGCAGAGCCAAGUGUAUGGAGAGAUCUUCAGCUUAGAUCUUGGAGGUAUAUCAACUGUGGUUCUAAAUGGAUAUGAUGUAGUAAAGGAAUGUCUUCUUCAUCAAAGUGAAAUUUUUGCAGACAGACCCUGCCUUCCUUUAUUCAUGAAGAUGACAAAGAUGGGAGGCUUACUCAAUUCCAGAUAUGGUCGAGGAUGGAUUGAUCAUAGAAGAUUAGCUGUCAAUAGCUUUCGCUAUUUUGGAUAUGGCCAAAAGUCUUUUGAAUCUAAAAUCUUAGAAGAGACUAAAUUUUUCAUUGAUGCUAUAGAAACAUAUAAAGGUAGUCCUUUUGACCUUAAGCAGUUAACAACAAAAGCUGUUUCAAACAUAACCAACCUGGUCCUUUUUGGAGAACGAUUCACCUACGAAGACACUGACUUCCAGCACAUGAUAGAGUUAUUUAGUGAAAACGUGGAGCUGGCAGCUAGUGCCUCAGUCUUCCUGUAUAACGCCUUUCCGUGGAUUGGCGUCUUACCUUUUGGAAAACACCAGCAGCUAUUUAGAAAUGCAGUUGUGGUCUAUGAUUUUCUCUCCACACUUAUUGAAAAAGCUUCGGUCAACAGAAAGCCUCAGUUACCUCAGCAUUUUGUUGAUGCUUACCUGGACGAGCUGGACCAAGGUAAAAAUGACCCAUCAUCUACUUUUUCCAAAGAAAACCUAAUUUUCUCAGUAGGUGAACUCAUCAUUGCUGGGACAGAAACUACAACCAAUGUGCUACGGUGGGCCGUUCUUUUCAUGGCCCUUUAUCCCAACAUUCAAGGACAAGUUCACAAAGAGAUUGACUUAAUUAUGGGCCCGAAUGGGACGCCUUCUUGGGAUGACAAAUGCAAAAUGCCUUAUACUGAGGCAGUUUUACAUGAAGUCUUAAGAUUCUGUAAUAUAGUUCCUCUAGGGAUUUUCCAUGCAACCUCUGAAGAUGCAACUGUGCGUGGCUAUUCCAUUCCUAAAGGCACAACAGUAAUCACAAAUCUUUAUUCUGUACACUUCGAUGAAAAGUACUGGAAAGACCCAGAAGUGUUCUAUCCUGAGCGAUUUUUGGACAGCAGUGGAUAUUUUGCCAAGAAGGAAGCUUUGGUUCCUUUUUCCUUAGGGAGAAGACACUGCCUUGGAGAGCAGCUGGCUCGGAUGGAAAUGUUCCUAUUUUUCACAGCAUUGCUACAGCGUUUUCACUUGCAUUUUCCACAUGAACGUCUUCCAGACCUCAAGCCCAGGUUGGGCAUGACAUUGCAACCCCAGCCGUACCUUAUCUGUGCUGAAAGACGCUGAGAAAACAUGCAGGAACAAGACUGUUAGUUUGCAUCACCAGCAAACCUUGCUUAAUCUAAUCAAUGUGU